ACGCCACACGCUGAGAGGAGCAGCGAGGGGCAGGCCACCGGUUUUAAGGUUCAGCGAAGAAUUCAAAAAUGGGUUUUAUCUCAUAGCCUCUUCCAACUCGCCAUGGCAGCCAAUGCUGCGACACUUGCUCAACAAGGAUUUCCUUCUCUCCGUCACCUCUCACCACCAAAGCUUGGCCUCUUCACUGCUGCUUCUUCUUCCUUGAGCUUCUCCUCUGCUCACUCAUCAUCGCCCACUUCACUAAGUGGAGGUUUAAGGCAGGGCGUGGCCACCAGCGUCUCUUUCAAUCCCACCGGAAACUUCGAGUUCUCAAUUGAUGAUGACCAAGACACCAGUAAGGCUCCACCACCAUUACCACCAACAGAGAGCAGGUUUGAAAUAGUAAUUGACAAUGACAUUAUCAAGCGGCUUGAUAUCUCACCAGUCAAUGAAUUGAUGGGAGUCGAAGAUGCAACAGAGAACAGCAGCAUAGGAACUGAACCUAAAGACCUUUUAGAAAGAACAGUGGGAUUCACCAUAAACUAUGAGAGAGAGGAUCCACUGGAUCCUCGUGAACUUUCGGAAUUCGGUGAUAUUCGAUUAUGGUUUGUUCGACUUGAUUCGGCAUAUCCAUGGUUGCCUGUUGCAUUGGACUGGAGAGCAGGGGAACUUGCUCGUUAUGCAGCUAUGCUUGUUCCUCAUCAGAUGAGUAUGAGAUUGGGUAUUGUGUUCAAUCCAGAGGCCUUGGAGUUGUUUGUGAUGAAGAAAGUCUUCACAGUCUACAACUGGUUGAAGCACAACAAUGUGCCCAAGCCCAGAUUGAAGACCAGCGACAUGGCAAGGAUGCUUGGUUUUGGAAUAGGAGAUGAACUCUUUGACUUGAUUGAUAGCAAAUAGGAGCGGCGCUUGCAGAAUUCGUCGUUGAUCUCAUGGCGGUUGGUGAAGAAAAGGCUGAAGAAUGAUCUACUUCAACACUUAAGCCACAUUCUUGUGAGAGAAUGAAGAAAAAUUUCUGGCAAUUCAUAAUUUCUGUUCUCAUUUCGCUGGUGGAAAUACUUAUCUGGUAAUUUCUUUGGCUGAAAUGCAAUUGCAUAGUGCACAUUUUUUCCCGGAAAUGAUUAAAGGCUGAUCUUAAGUUCGUCUAGGAAUGGGUUUAGCAGUUAGCACAAUUCGUGCUUUCAUUGUAACGGUUAGCGAGCCAUCUAUACGCUCAUUACUUGUCCGUAACUGAAAAGUCGCAUAAUUCUGCAAGCAUUCAGAUUGCCAUGGUUAUGUUUUUGUA